UCUGUUACUGCAGUAACUGAUGUUGAUGAUGGUCGUGACUGGGACAUCUUCGACAUCAAUCAAGCGGCCGAGCUGGACCUGCUGGAGGGAGAUAUUGAAAUGCCACGCGGCAGAAACAUCAUGAUGGGAGAUUCGUAUCGCUGGCCAACACCCAUUCCUUACUACCUGGAGGACAGUCUGGAAAUGAAUGCAAAGGGAGUGAUCCUAAAGGCCUUUGACCAGUACAGACUGAAGACCUGUAUUGACUUCACACCGUGGAAUGGAGAAAAGAACUACAUCUCUGUGUACAAAGGCAGCGGAUGCUCUUCCUUUGUGGGAAACCAGCAGGAGGGAGAGCAGCGAUUGUCCAUUGGUAAAAAAUGUGAUAGGAUUGGAAAGGUUGUGCAUGAGUUCCUGCAUGCUCUUGGAUUUCAACACGAGCACGCCAGAGCUGACCGCGAUGAAUACGUCAACAUCAUGUUGGAUCAAAUUAAACCGGGAAAAGAGGACAACUUCAAGACAUAUGAUGACCAAGUGUCCAGUGCUCUGGGCGUCCCCUAUGACUACAGUUCAGUGAUGCACUACAGUAAGACUUCCUUCAGCAUCGGCUUGGAGCCCACCAUCGUCACCAACAGCCCCUCUUUCAUGGAUGUGAUUGGUCAGAGGAUGGGGUUCAGUGCUAGUGACCGAACUAAACUCAACCGUCUCUACAAUUGCACGGAGUCCUCCACUUUUGUGGACAGCUGUGACUUUGAACAGGAGAACAUCUGUGGGAUGAUCCAGGAACCUGGGAACCCAAAGUGGGAACAACGCAGAUCUGUGAGUGGAGGGCCUCAGCACAACUUCACCGCCAUGGGGCAAUGGGAAGGGAAAGGCUACUUCAUGCACUUCAGCACAGCUUCUGCUGAACCUGGGCAGCAGGCCUCUCUGGAGAGUCGCUGGCUUUACCCCAAACCUGGAGCUCAGUGUCUGCAGUUCUUCCUCCAUAACACGGGGGCGGCUGAUGAUGUUCUCAACAUCUGGGUGCGAGAGUACGACAAGGCCACACCCGGCGGUAAACUGAACCUCUUCAAGAGCAUUUCAGGAGGUGUCAUGGGUUCCUGGGAGCUGCAUAACGUCGAUCUGAACGUGACACAGAAGGCCCGUGUGGUUUUUCAGGCCGUCAGGGGAAAGAGUCCAUCAAGUGGGGGUUUCUCUCUUGAUGACAUCAACCUGUCGUCCACAAAGUGCCCUCAGCACGUCUGGCGCAUCCGCAACAUCACCAGCCUGAUGGCCACCACACCAGCAGGAAAACAACUGAACAGCCCUCGCUUUCUCUCUCCAGCAGGUUACUCCUUCCAGGUUCUCCUUGAUCUAGGUCAAACAAGCUACCCUCAGGGGUACAUGGGCCUCUACUUCCAUCUGACCUCAGGCCCCAACGACCACAACCUCAAGUGGCCAUGCCCCUGGCAGCAGGCGACCAUGGCCCUGAUGGAUCAGCAUUCUGACAUCAGAGAGCAAAUGAACAUGUACCGAAUGGUCACCACUGACCCUGAUAAGCUGUCCAGUGAUGGUUAUGAGUACUACUGGGAUGACCCAAGGGAAGUGGGGUCGAAAGUGACGCAGUCUGAUGGCAGCUUUUACUAUCGAGGCCCAGGAUUUGGGUCCUCAACCUUCAUCAAACACAGCAGGCUGAGGAGCAGACAGUUCAUCAAAGGAGAUGAUGCCAUCUUCUUGUUAAGUCUCGAUGAUAUAUCUGACCUGCUGCUACCUCAGCCUCUGCCCCGCUCUGCAGACUAUGCUGAAGCCAGUGCGAUGAAGGCUGGAGACCAAGAGACUCCACAGGCAACAGCUAGUAACCACAUGUUGAUAGUGGUUGUAGCAAUGUGUGUGUCAGCAGCCAUUUUUGUGGUUUCCACAGUACGUCUUGGCAAGGCGUGGAAGGAGCACCCGACCAAAGACUUACCCUCAGUUCUGAUCUCUGCAUGAGCUCCUCACUGACCAGAGCAGAGGACGCGUCUCAUCUCUGCACAUUAGUCCUUUUCACAUAAUCUGAAGCUGUAUCUCGGGAAAACAAAAUUCUGACAGGUGUUGUAUUCAAAUUAUUUGGUUCACAACUUCUCUCUCAAUAGUGAUUGUUUAUUGUGUUCACUUUAAAUUCAUCUCAAAUUUAGGGGAAUAACCCUUGUAGUCUAGGUCCUGGGGAAGAUUUGUAUGCACUUCAUUUAGCGGAGAAUAUCUCAACUGUUAUAGACUAAUAUGACCCCAUUGAACAACGUGGGAUGUGUGCCAAAAUCUCUAUCCGGGACAAAAGUCCUGAAAAUGACCACUAUAUGUGACACUAUUAUCACACUACAGGUAAAUGGAACUUUUUUUCUUCCUUUAUAGAUAUCCUCAACAAUUUCGAACAGAUUAAUCUUCAUAUUAAGAGAAAUACUUUUUGUAUUACACUUUGUCUCAAAAAUAAAAUAAAAUAUGCAAAUUAGGCAAUAUCUCAUUAAAUAUGCGUACAUAUAAACUCUUGAAGCUACAGAUUUUCUUAGGUGAUCACAAUGUUUACAGUGUUAGAAUUCUGGUUUGAUAUUUCUAAUUUUGUCUCUGUAGAUGUCCAGGGUGGAUGCUGUGUGUGUGUUGGGGGGUUGGGGGAUAUAAAUACAAUUGUAUACAAACACUGGACUUUUUCAAAAGAAAGAAAACAAGCAUUUAAUUGAUAUACAGACAUUUUAUAUCCAACCUUGCUAUUAUCAUUGGAACGUUAACUUUGAGUGAAAAAUACAGCAGGUUAAUUCACUGUGCUGCAAGGUAACACUUCAGGUCCAGGUACUGGUAGGAGUCCAGGUAUGGGGAUGAUGAUGAGAGCUCAUUCAGUGAUAGGAUUUUUACAACUAUUGCCUCCCUUGCAUUUGCAGUACUUUAAACAACGGAUACCAGCUACCCGACAGGGACAUCCAUUCUUGUGUGCACACUUGCCACUUGAGCAGGGAUCUGGCAAACCUUCAGGUUUUGAGAUUACAAUCUCAGGGACUAAUAAACUGCCCUUUCUUACAUUUAAGAUUGAGGUGGCGUCUGUAAAUGGUGCUUGGACCCAAAGCUGCUGUUGAUAAUAGGCUCUUUGUAUAUGUUUUCUUGCAUUAGUUGAGGUGCAAGCGGUCCUCUCAAAGUCCAUCUUGAGGACAUUACUAUCGAAUGCAGCAAUGCACAGGUCGUCAAAUGUCUCCAUGUCUGUUGAUGGUUUGAGACAUUUUACCAAGAAUGUUUCCGCCAUUUGUUUUGCACUCUCUGUUAGCUGUGGACAGUUGAAUUUGAUAAUCAGAGAAGAGUUGUCUGGUUUGCGGACAGUGUUCAGAGCUGCAAGUUUAGUUGAAUUUUGCUGGUUGUAUCAAACCCAGUCAGCGCAUGUAGCGCUGGGAGGCACUGUGUGAGCUCGUCUCCCAGCGCUUUGCAGAUAUCAUGAAGUGGUAAUAUUGAUUUUUUUCACGCUUGAGUUGCAGAUAAGCCAGAGCUCUUGGAGGCCAAGACUUCUCCAAUUGACUGUUAUGUGGUAUUAUAGGCACACAAAGACAUCUGUGUCACCCGAUGACAGUGUCAGUGAUGUAUAUCCUGUACGGUGACUUAAAAUGUCCUGCUCAUGGAACAUCAUCCUGUCAUCAGCUUCCUCGUGUGUGCAGUUGAGCCGAGGGAAUGGAGUAGCACUCGCCGCUGACAGAAUCCAUGCCUGUGUUGAUAUACCAAGGUGUAGUGGUUUGGUGCCUUUGUAAUUGGUGGUCAGCCACUCAACAUAGAAUGCCUGAAAAGCAGUUUGGCUAAUGGAAGAUGAUCAAAAGUUCUCUAAUACCACUAGAACAUUUUGGUUUGUUGAUAUCACAUCUAGGACAACCAUGUUUUUUGAUUUUCCUCUUCUCUCCCUCGCUCCAUGUUUGAUGCUGUCCUCUUCGGUAAGUGUCGAAAACGAUAUGGAUCUCAUCACAGUUGCCUCCAGCUUUGGUGACCAUAAAUGUCAAAGCAAUAGCAAAGUCGUGGAAUGUCUUCAUGGGUGGAUCAAGUUUCUAUAAGGAGACCUUUCUCACCAAUGCCAUGAAGUCGAUAAUGAUGGCGUGUGUUGGCGGGGGGGUAUCUGGACCUUUUAUCUAUUUCAAUCAAUCAAUCAAAUUUUAUUUGUAUAGGCCAUAUUCACAAAUUACAUUUCGUCUCAUAGGGCUUCAACAGGGUGUGUAUUUGUAGACACAACUUAAACAGCUCAGUCCCAAGUUGUGAUUUGGCACUCUUCCUCAAGUAACCGUCUUUGUGGACCAGGAAGAAUGCAGAGUUGGUGAUCUAAUGCAGGAGUAGCUCCUCAACUGUGAACCCCCGGUGACACCCAUACUCAAUAAACAGCCAUGUGCUCUGGUAUGACCUCAGGUCACUAUGGCUGCCAAGUAAACUUUUGUUAUAAAAAAGGUGGGGGUGAUGACCUGAUGACAGCAAUAUUUAGAACAGCUAGGAAAUGUAAGCUUUUAAAGUUUAGGUUAAUAAAUAACUGGCAAUUCCUGUAUGUUGCUAGUUGUAUGCUGUAUUUUCAAGGACUUUCGUCCCGGAAAGAGAUUUUGGCACACAUCCCAUGUUGUUCAAUGGGGUCAUAUUAGUCUAUAACAGUUGAGAUAUUCUCAACAUAUAUUUGUGAUUUAAUGAUGAGUCAUCUGUGCGCACCAAAGUUAACCAUGGUGUUCCACAGGGCUCUGUGCUCGGCCCAAUUUUAUUCUCAUUAUAUAUGCUUCCACUAGGAAACAUUAUCAGGGCAAACUCGGUAAAUUUCCACUGCUAUGCGGAUGACACCCAGUUAUACUUGUCAAUAAAACCUGAACAAAGUAAUCAAUUAACUAAACUUCGAGCAUGUCUCAAGGAUAUAAAAAACUGGAUGACCCGCAAUUUUCUCUUAUUAAACUCAGAUAAAAAAGAGGUUAUAAUACUUGGCCACAAAUACCUUAAGGCCAAUUUAUGCCUCUCGGUUUUGACGGACACGGACAGAUAGGAGCGCCUUCUUUGCCGUGGAACGCCUUCUCCGGGCUCCACGGAGAGCUUUUCGUGCAGCUCUGAUUUUUCUAACUACACGUCGGCAUGGCGGAGAGCCUACGGAUAGCCAUUGGCUGUUUAUUUUAAAGCAGCUAGGAACAGUGCUCUUCUCUAUGUAUUUUUAAUGACACUGAUUUGAAGUUGAUCUGAUGAAAGCUCUUUGAGGAUUUUGUUAAAAUACAAAACGUGUAAAAUGGCCAAAAUGGCCACUUACUCCCAAAAUGUCUGUCUUCCUGUUGCGUUAAUCAUAUUGGUGCCUUUUGUUUCUUGUGACAUGAACAUGGUUGAAUAUGUUCGAGCAGUCAAAUAUCCGAUUGAUUUUCCCUAAUAAUGAAAAGAAAUAGGGCCUUUGCACUGUCGGUGCUCGGGCCCUAACUAUUUCUCAUGGAUGAAGAAUUGAUCUGAUUCCCACCAUAGUUCCUGUUUCGACAGGAUGAGGAAGAUGCUUUUCUCUCUAUAAACUUUUGUCGAUUCAUUCAUCUUCAUCAAAGUAAAAGUGUCUGAGCACGAUGCUGUUCUUCUUUGACGUUGAAGUUAUGAAUAAUUUAUACAUGACAAUAAAAUGCUAGGGAGUUUUUUUGUUUUUCUUAUCCCUGCUCAAUUUAUUAUUAUUCAUGUGAGGUGCUGUGGCUAAAUCUUUCUCAUCUGGCUGCACAUGAGUCUUUUUUCUCCUGAUCAGAGUCAAGAUUUAAACCAAUAUUGGUGCCGCAGGGAUCCAAGUGUUUCUCCAAAGCCUUUUCUCUUUUAUCGUAUUUUGUCACUUCUUCCAUCUGCAUGCCCAAUGUUUUUCUUUCUUCCAUUUGCCCUCUCUUGUUGCCUGUCCUUUUUGGUCCGGGGCUGGUUAAUGUGGGUUUAUCCAACCAUCCAGGCGAUUAAUGUGGGCUUAUCCAUGCGUCCGUUAUCUACCCGUCCAUCCUGAAAUGAUUCUUGCAUCCAUCCUAUAUCUGUCUAUACGUGCAAAUAUGAGGACACAUAACGCAACUCAGUUUUCUGUCUUUUGGUGUCAUGUUCAGGUACAGGAGCCUGAAUUGACACAGGAGAGAGACAUGUGCAAUCAUAUCAGCUUUGGUUCUUUGCUUCUCAGUCUUUUCUUGCACUGCUGUCAGAGAGAAACUUUGAUUUCAUGGUGAUUAUUUUUCUUCGCAAUCACUCAAGGAUGAAGCACAAGGAGGCAGAGAUUGUUCACCUUUCAGAUGCUCCACAAUGGGGCUCCUUGGUUUUAAAGGGGGGCGAAGGAACAACAAGAAGUUUCCCCCUUCCCUCUCUCUUUUUUUUUUACAAUCCACCUCUAUACAACUCACUUAAAGUAAGACAGAACGGGGUCUGGAAGCAGAUAUUGAGAUGCGUGUGGUCACAUGUAGCAGACAACAGCUUGCCAAAAACAGUUAUCUUUUGAUCGGAUUAAUUCCUCAUUCUGUGCGACGCUAAGAGCCUCUAACUGCUCUCAUAUGGCAAAGAAAGGAAAACAAUUUUAAAGGCUCGAGAGCAGGUUCAUGGUUUUUCUUGUUAUAAUUCAUGGAGAUGUAAUGUUGCUCUCAGCUGCUUGCUCUGUUUGCGUGGAGAAAAUUCCAACUUUUACUCAUCGGUUAAUGCCACAUUUUAACCAGGGUGCCUCUCCUCCAUCAUGCAUAACAUCCCCUCCUAAUCCAAAUGAAAAGUCUAAUUUGCCUAAAUAUAUAGAAAUAGACAAACUUGGCUAAAGUUCAGAGACGGCAACUUUUAUCCUGUUUGUGACACAUUCUUCUGUAACUCUCAAAGAUCCUGGAAACUCCAAAUGUGCUUUGAUUUCUUCAGUAUCACACUAUCUUGUAUUGCUUGUGUGAACAUAUUCAUCCAAAUAUUUAUCUCCAUCACAAACCAAAUUGUCUUGUUUUUGAAUGAAACAUCUGAUGUAAAUUUUCAGGACGGGGGAGUGUUGGAUGAAUCAAUGGCUUUGUUAAGUGUGUUAAGUUUGUUUAAGGUGGCCCAGUGGGUCUCAUGUCUGCCACCCUGGAACCUUCUGUGUCACUCAGUAAACCCACAGAUAAGUCCUUAAGCAGGUCUGUGGGCCAGACUAAAGAUAAUAGUCUUUGAGCUUUAUGAAAUGUUCAGUAUAGAUGGUUGUACGCCACAAAAACUGGGUGUUUUGGGGGUUCUAGGAUAAAGUUAGAGUCCAGCUCUUGUUCAAAUGAUUUUCCUUCUUAUUGUGAAGUCACUCCAAACAAGCAUAAUCUAUAACACAAUUGUUUUUUUCAUUAAUAUAAUAGAAUAAAGGGCAAUGCCAAGGAUAAAGACUAUAAUCUCCUUUUCGUACAUUUCCACAAAAUUUGUAAGAAUUCACUGACGUUUAAAUAUGAGCACUAGUUUCUCUCCUCUUUUUUUUCGAGCAAUGGAUUAUUUCUGAAAGGCAUCAAUGUUGUAAUUGUACCUUCGAUGAUCUUUACGCACUGAGAAUUUAUAUGAGCAAAUUUAAAUUUACAAAAUAAGCUGAAUUUAAGUCAGAAAUAUUUAUUUACAACAUGUACAGAAACAGUUUCCAUCCUUCAAAGUUAUAUGAAUAGAAAGAACAACAAAACAUAGCAGACGUGUUUACAUGGCGUGUUUCAAACUGUGCAAACUUUUGCGUGCAUGUGACCGAUGAAGUUAAAAUAGUGGUGAUCGAGUCCCUGCACCGGUGAUAGGUAUCCACCGUGCUGCUGUGUGUGCGCAGAGAGCGGCACUGUUGGGUACGUGAUGGCCGGGCUGCGUGCCGAGCUGUGCCAGGAGAAGUGUCCCGGUGGACUCUGCUGGUACACGGAGUCGGACGGGCUGUGGCUUUGGUGCUCCGGGGAGGAGAGAUGCUGACCGAGGUAGUCAGAUGCCUCCGGCAUCGAGCCGAAAGAGGCAGCUCAUAGUUCGUUUAGGCAGCGGUUAAUUCGGUCCCGUCUUCGUUUCGGGAGUCCCAGCUUCCACACACAGUCAGCAGGGACUCCCGAUACUAACUACAACCAAGUGUUUGCUUCUAACCUGAUGGUGUUUGAGAAACAGUGUCAUGAUAGCCGUGGAAUUAAAGUCAUGACAGCGGGUUUUUGCACAGUUACCACUGCAGUUAGCAUGACUAACUAGGACGCUAGCGCCGUUAUGAAAGUUCAUUAUAACCGGAUGUGACCGUACACACAUGCCGUCAGGGCUCUAACCUGCCACCGUCUGCCGGACAACUCCGCUGGCUUAACACAGUUGUCACAUUAAUCGUAAAAUCGUAGUUGUGUUUGGGUUUAUUGUGAUAUAGGAAAUGAAAUAGGAAGUAUGAGGUCCUGAAAUGAUGGCGUUCCGAAAUACUGUCGUUAGCGGACCAAUCACAGCCAAUGGCUAUCGGUAGGCUCUCCGCCAUGCCGACGUGUAGUUAUAAAAAAAUCUGAGCUGCAUGAAAAGCUCUCAGCGGAGCCCGGAGAGGAGGUUCCACGGCAAAGAAGGCGGUCCUAUCUGUCCGUGUCCGUCAAAAUGGAGAAGCAUACAUUGGCCUUAAGUCUUAUGAGGCCGGAACACUGAAUGAGGAUAUGUGAUCUUGACACAGAAAUAAACAUGAACAGGUUUUACAUUUGAAUGUUUCACUGAGAGAAACUGCUACACCUCAUAUCACCCAAUAAUGAACAUCGUGUGGUGUCCAAAUUGAACUUUUACACAAAAUUCAAAAAACAUAUCCUCAACCUUACUGGCUGAAAACAAAAUGAAGACCUUGAUUAAAUAAAGGCAACAAUAAUCUCAA